CAACAACUCCUCAUAAUUGGAUAAUCUUCUUUUUCUCUAGUCGAUCAAAAAUCAAAAAGAAAAACGAGCACUCCAUCUAUGUCCAAUAACCAUGAAUGACGCAAAGCUAAAACCAACACUGCUCAUUUUUUGCCUAAUCUCAUCUCUAACCGUCUUUUGUCGAUCUUGUUAUGCUAAAUGCCACGACCAUGAUCAAGAGUUCAAUUAUGAUGAAGGAAGUGGGAGAGGGCCAUCGGAAUGGGGCUCACUCGAUCCAAACUGGAGAGCCUGUGGGGAAGGGAAAUCUCAGUCUCCGAUCGAGCUUUACCAGAUGGUGAAACAUGCACCAGAGCUUGGGAAGCUUAAGAGAGCCUACAGGGCAGCGCCUGCUACCAUUGCCAACAGGGGACAUGAUGUCGCGGUGACAUGGAAAGGAGAUGCAGGAAAGAUCAGGAUCAAUGGAACUACUUACAGGCUGCAACAAUGCCAUUGGCAUACACCAAGUGAGCAUUCAAUCUAUGGUAAAAGGUUUGACAUGGAGCUUCACAUGGUUCACUCAAGCUAUGAUGGAUCAAUUGCAGUUGUCGCCUUCUUGUACAUGUUUGGAGAAUCCGACCCAUUUCUCUCCAUGCUACUGCCACACAUAAUCUCACUUGGUAAAGGAGAACACCAAUUGGGGAGAGUGAACCCUAAACAGAUUGGAUUCCCAAGUGAAAAAUACUACAGAUAUGGAGGAUCUCUCACAACUCCUCCCUGUACAGAGGGUGUCAUUUGGACCAUCUUCCAACAGGUGAAGAUGGUUUCUCCAUUGCAAGUGCAAGCUUUGAAGAAUGCCGUUGAUCCCGGAUUCCAAAUGAAUGCACGUCCAAGUCAACAGUUACAUGGAAGAUCAGUUUAUCUGUACCAGUAGCCACUAAGGCAUCGUAAAAAAAGAACAAACGCUGUACAAAUCUGAAACUACUACCUUUCUUCUCCUGUAUUGGGCCAGACCAAGAUAGUCUUAGAGGUAGAAGCCUGUGGUGGGCUGUAGCCUGUAGGCUGGCCCAAUAAUUUGUGGGCUUCAAGGGCAAGGCUUACAGGCUCUAUUAUGUAUUUUGGUCACAUAAUUGAUAAUUGG